AUGGCAGAAGUACAGGCAAGAAUCGUUGCACAUAUGAACAAAGAUCAUAAAAUUGCCCUCGAAGACUAUUUAUCUGUUUACGGAAACAUUGCAAUUGAUGAUAAGAUCGCUAAUAUUACUAUGAAAGACAUUGAGUUGGACAAUAUAACUCUAAGUUUUAACCAUUUUGACAUUGAGUUUCCCAUAAUAAAACCAAUUCCAAUCGAUCCUCCGAUGAAGGAUCUCAGUGAGGCAAGAAUUAGAUUAACCGAGAUGGCCAAGUAUUGCGCCUCCAAGAGAGGAUUUUCUCACUUUCAAGUAGCGGAGAUUGGAUACCCAGCAUCAUUGGGCGAUUUCACUAUCUUAGGGGUUCUACUCAUUCUGUUAACGGGAUUUUUCAUUCCAACUACACUAUUUCAUGGUAUUUUACCUGCUCUACAUUGUCCAACUGCACUCGUUUCGUUCUUAGCUGCCAGCACUAAAUCCAUUUUGAUUUGCACAAUUUUGAUCCAUUUACUUGAAAUUCAGUUAGUAUUGAACCCCUUGCUGAAAAAGUACCGAGUGUCGUUCGACUACAAAUUAGAAUGGUGGUUCCUGACUUUCAUUGACGGGUAUUUCACAAUUCGUCGAUUCAAGAAGAUUGUAGCUAAAUACGAAGAACACUAG